AUGGAUCUUGACCUUGCGAUAAGGGUUAAUUCUCUAGCACCUCUUACGGAUUCGAGUACCUCUGAUCAAAGGAGGGAGAUGGAAAAAUGGGAGAGAUCAAAUCGCAUGUGCAUGAUGAUCAUGAAGAAAGUCAUUCUGGAAGCAUUCAGGGGCACAAUAUCUGAAAAGAUUACUACGACUAAGGAUUUCAUUGCGGAUAUUGAAAAGAGGUUUGCCAAGAAUGAAAAGGGUGAAAUUGGUACACUCUUGGCAAGCCUAAUUUCAAAGAGGUAUAAGGGUAAAGGCAACAUCAGGGAGUACAUCAUGGAGAUGUCUCAUCUUGCUUCUAAGUUAAAAGCACUUAAGCUUGAACUCUCGGAGGGAUUGCUAGUGCAUCUAGUUUUGAUUUCACUUCCGACACAAUUUAACCAGUUUAAGAUGAACUACAACUGUCAGAAAGAGACUUGGUCUCUGAAUGAGAUUAUCUCACACUGUGUUCAGGAAGAUGAAAGACUGAAGCAAGAUAAGAUAGAGAGUGCUUACUUGGCCUCAACCUUCAUUUAG